GCGGGUUGUAAGGAGACACGUACGCGGAAGGAGCAAGCAGUGGCAGGCGGCAGAGCUGGCGUAAAGGGAGCUAGUGGUAAAAGGACCUACAUGGUGGAGGGGGUGGUGGGCAGGAUAGGGGUAGGGGACGAACCCUAGACGUAGGGAGGGCUCGCAGGGCCUGUCUUGCUCUCCUCAUGCCCACGCUUGUGUUGGUUCCAUAACCAAUGGCUAUGAGAAACUGACGUCUUACUGGACACACUCAGUUGUGGGGUCCAGAAGGUCAGCAAGCAAUCUUUAGAAUCCAGAGAUUCCGCACCAGUGGUCAGUAUUCGCACGGCUGGAGUAGUAGGCUCGGCGUUUGACGUGUCAAGGGAACCAGUCUGUUGAUUCGAGCACAUGUUUAGGUAACGACACUCAUCAUGCUCAAAGCUGUGAUCCUCAUUGGAGGCCCCCAGAAGGGGACUCGCUUCAGGCCUUUGUCUUUUGAGGUGCCCAAACCGCUGUUUCCCGUGGCAGGCGUCCCUAUGAUCCAGCACCAUAUAGAAGCCUGUGCCCAGGUCCCUGGGAUGCAGGAGAUUCUGCUCAUCGGCUUCUACCAGCCUGAUGAGGCUCUCACCCAGUUCCUGGAAGCUGCCCAGCAGGAGUUUAACCUUCCAGUCAGGUACCUGCAGGAGUUUGCUCCCCUUGGCACAGGGGGUGGCCUCUACCAUUUUCGGGACCAGAUCCUGGCAGGGGCACCUGAGGCUUUCUUCGUGCUCAAUGCUGACGUCUGCUCUGACUUCCCCUUGAGUGCCAUGUUGGAUGCUCACAGGCGCCAGCGCCACCCUUUCUUACUCCUUGGCACCACGGCUAACAGGACACAAUCCCUCAACUACGGCUGCAUCGUUGAGAAUCCACAGACGCAUGAGGUCCUGCACUAUGUGGAGAAACCCAGCACCUUUAUCAGUGACAUCAUCAACUGUGGCAUCUACCUUUUCUCCCCAGAAGCCCUGAAGCCUCUCCGGGAUGUUUUCCAGCGUAAUCAGCAGGAUGGGCAACUGGAGGAGUCUCCAGGCUCGUGGCCUGGUGCAGGGACCAUCCGACUAGAGCAGGAUGUGUUCUCAGCCCUGGCUGGGCAGGGCCAAAUCUACGUGCACCUCACCGAUGGUAUCUGGAGCCAGAUCAAGUCUGCAGGCUCAGCCCUUUAUGCCUCCCGCCUCUAUCUGGGGCGAUACCAGAUCACACACCCAGAACGCCUAGCCAGACACACUCCAGGGGGCCCACGAAUCAGAGGAAAUGUUUACAUCCAUCCAACGGCUAAAGUGGCCCCAUCAGCCGUGCUGGGCCCCAAUGUCUCCAUUGGGAAGGGGGUGACCAUAGGCGAGGGUGUGCGUCUGCGAGAGAGCAUUGUCCUCCACGGAGCCACUUUGCAGGAACACACCUGUGUCCUUCACAGCAUUGUGGGCUGGGGGAGCACUGUGGGGCGCUGGGCCCGCGUAGAGGGGACUCCCAAUGACCCCAAUCCCAAUGACCCCCGAGCUCGCAUGGACAGUGAGAGCCUCUUCAAAGAUGGAAAGCUGCUUCCUGCCAUUACUAUCCUGGGCUGCCGAGUGCGGAUCCCUGCUGAGGUGCUCAUCUUGAACUCGAUUGUUCUACCACAUAAGGAGCUAAGUCGAAGCUUCACCAACCAAAUCAUCCUGUGAGGAUGCUGCCAAAAAGGCCCCCAGGACUCCCGCCCACUCUCCUUUGGGCUGCUGCCUGCCUGGCUAGCUCAGUCCACCUUGAGGAAGCCACCUUGUAGGGAGCCAUGUAUGUUGGCCAGGGACACCUGGCCCCUCUCCCCACUCCCAAAUAAACCCCUAUGAAUCUUGGAG